CUAUAGAAGCAUAAUAUAUCAAAACCAUCGUGCAAAGGAAGGUUUUAGUUGCAAGAAGGUGUUCAGCCUAUGCGGGACGUCUUUCUGGUGUCUUUUUUACGCAGCACAAAAAAAGUUGUGCCAACAACUCCAAGUUCAGGGCUGCUGUUGGAAAUAACCCCCCCAAAAAGCAAACUUUCUUUUUUACAGAAAGAUUUUUUUUCUUCCCAAAACCUGUGUAGAAAUUCAUGCAUUCGCAGAUUGGACGAGUCGCAUUAUUGAUAUAUCAUAUUUUCUAAUAAUUAUGUUAAUACCCUUUUUGCGCUUUCAGGCAGUAAGAAUAAAUCGUUAAAACAUUUAGGGGGAGAAAAAAAAGGCAAAAGCGAGUCCCCGAGGAGAGGUUUUGCGUUUGUAUGCAUGGGGAUUGGCAGCACAACGAGGCUUAUUUACAUUAAAUACGCCACAAGGUUACAGUGCAGAUAGAUGAGCGUCAUUUUUAUCACUCAUUACUUCUCUUAAGCGGUGACUGACGCUCAGGACGCAGAGGAGGAAACACUCAUUUAUCCUGGAGUUUCUAAGGCGAGGAGAAGAGGGAAAAGAAAACAGUUUUCUGGAAAGGCUCUUGACGUCCCACCUUCUGUGAAGCUGUCGGCGCUCCUUCUCACAUCCGGCGUUCGUUGGAGAGGUGGCAGUCACGCAGGGAUCCCUGAUCAGUGCCGACCAGAAGCGGAGCUGAAGCUGGCUUAACGGGGCUAAGCACACUGUCACGCUGUCUAAGAAACCACCCCCACCCACUGUCUGAGGUGGCCAUUCCAGUAAGCAGUAGUCAGUGAGGAGCGACAGUGAGAGGUCUCUUGAUCUUACCAGACAGGUUGCGCACCAGUAUGCAGUUGGUGUAUUAAGGAUGGAGGACUCUAGUUUGUGUCUUGGUGUAUCGUCAGUGGUACCUGACGCCGAUGCCCAUCUGAGCAGCGCAGUGUUAAAUGGCCGUUAUCCAAUCAGUCAAAAGCUUCACCAGCUCACUGCCCAGCUAGGACACGCCUUUCCGGACCUUCAUCGCCCACAACAGAUUCCCGAAGAAAAAGCAGCAACACCUUUGGAUGAGAAGACACACCACGCAGCCCUGGCCAGUCAGCCUAUCAGCAGUCAGAUGGCCCUGCUAGCCAAUCAGCUCAAUCGAGACAUUGAUGCAGGGGCACUAAGUGGGUUGAACGGGCGAGUUGACCUGCAGCAGUUUCUUAAUGGGCAGAACUUGGGCAUCAUGUCCCAGAUGAAUGAUAUCGAAGAUGAUGCACGCAAGAAUAGGAAGUAUCCCUGUCCAUUGUGUGGUAAGCGCUUCCGUUUUAACAGCAUCCUGUCACUGCACAUGCGUACACACACAGGAGAGAAGCCAUUCAAGUGUCCCUACUGUGACCACAGAGCAGCUCAAAAGGGCAACUUGAAGAUCCAUCUCCGCACCCACAAACUGGGGAAUCUUGGUAAGGGCCGUGGUCGUGUCCGAGAGGAGAACAGGCUGCUGCAUGAACUUGAGGAGAGGGCCAUCCUGAGGGAUAAGCAAAUGAGAGGAAGUGGUAGUCUCCUUCAGACAGCCCAAACACCCCAUCUGGGUCUCAAUAGCAGCUCAAACACCCAUCAACAGCAAUUGGGUUCAGCUUGUGGCCCCCCUCCACCUUCUGGUCUUGCCACUCCAGACCCAAUAUCCCAACCUUCUUCUUCACCCAAGCCGGCUGGCACCCAGGAUGAACAGUCCCUUAACCCAACUACAGGCUUCCGUUGUACCUUCUGCAAAGGGAAGUUCAAGAAGCGUGAGGAGCUGGACCGCCACAUCCGCAUACUCCACAAGCCCUACAAAUGCACUCUAUGUGAAUUUGCUGCUUCUCAUGAAGAGGAACUGAUAAGUCAUGUGGAGAAGGCCCACAUCACAGCCGAGAGCACACAGGGCCAGGGUGUUGGUGGAUCUGGUGGCACGCAAGUGGCCACUGAAUUUCGUUGUGAUGUGUGUGGCCAGGUAUUCAGCCAAGCUUGGUUCCUCAAGGGCCACAUGCGAAAACACAAGGACUCCUUUGAACACUGCUGCCAAAUCUGCGGCCGGCGCUUCAAGGAACCCUGGUUUCUCAAGAAUCAUAUGAAGGUGCAUCUGAACAAGCUGGCCAUCAAGAGCAAGCCACCCCAGCCCAGUGAGCAGGACAUGGCCGCUGUCAAUAGCAUGAGCAAUCUGGCUCAGGAAGCUCAUGCCAACCUUUAUUCCCGCUACAUCUCCUGUCUUCAGGGAGGCUUCCUUUCACCAGACAAGCAAGGCAUGAGUGAGCAGCACCAGAUGUUGGCCAAAGCAGGGAUAGCCAUGAAGGAAAAGGAGAUGUUAGGGAAGCUGCUAGGACCAAUGGCAGGAGGUAUGGGCCAUGGGCUGGGUGAAAAUGAGAAGCGCUCAAUCCUUGGUUGUCUCAGCCUCGUACCCCCACUCAAGUCAAGUUGCAUGGAGCGCCUCCAGGCAGCUGCAAAAGUGGCAGAGAUGGACUCACUCAAUAGCUACCAAGCCUGGCAGAUAAUGGCUCGUGGCAUGGCUAUGGACAGGGCUUUCAUGCCGAAGGAUCAGCAGCAGCACCAGCAUCAUAUACCCCCAGGGCAAGAAGAUGAGAUUGGUGGUGCAGGAGCUUUGGCAUCCUUCUCAAAAGAUAAACAAGACUACUCCUUGAUUGCUUCCAGUGAUUGCUCCAAGCAGAAGCAGCUCUCUGAGGCCUUGCAGGGAUCGAAGCCCUCCAGUGGAGCCAUGAUGUCCAUGAAAGAGGAUGGAAGAGGCUUUGAUAGUAAUCGUGACCUAAUGUCUCACCAUGGUAGUGCCGAGGCUCCUGGAGCGUUGGCUGGCUUGGGAAUCCCAAAUAUUGAUUACAGCCUUUCAAGUCUGUCCAGCCUGAAGGACAAGCCCUCAGAGUGCCCUGACUGUGGCCGGGUCUUCAGAACCUACCAUCAAAUGGUAGUCCACUCCCGAAUCCAUGGUAAAGACAGGAGAGGCAUUGAGGAAGCACUUCAGCAAGGUCUGGAUGAACGCCGUGGAUCAGCCAGUGACCCUGAGUCCCAGUCCAUCAGCCGCUCCACCACUCCUGGUUCAUCCAAUGUGACAGAAGAGAGCGGAGCUGGAGGAGGACAGUCCCAGACAGGAAGCAUCCAGGAUGACAGCCCACAUCCCUCCUCACCUUCCUCAGAUGUUGGGGAGGACUUGGGGAAGGCAGCGGGGAGCAUUCAGCCGCCUCUGUCCCAGCAUCGUGAGCGGUGUCUAGGCACAUCCUCCAAGGACUGCCCGUACUGUGGCAAGUCCUUCCGCACCUCCCAUCAUCUCAAAGUCCAUCUGCGAAUACACACAGGAGAGAAACCCUACCGGUGCCCUCAUUGUGACUAUGCUGGCACCCAGUCUGCCAGUCUGAAGUACCACCUGGAGCGCCACCAUCGCGAACGUCAAAAUGGCUCCACUACAUCAGGCCCAUCCUCUGGCCACACCACUUCUUCUGACCACAAAGAAGAUCAUGGGAAGACGGGUGGUGGCAUCUUUGCCAGACCUGAUGUCCUCCGUAAUGUUUUCAAGGGUAUGCCUCCUAACCUCGAUUUCAGGGCAGGUCCAUUGCUGCCACAUCAGUGGGCGUCAGCUGGUAUGAUGUCGUCGCAUGACCGAGAUCGAGAGCGUGAUCGCGGGGACCGCCGCUUUGACUCUUCCUCCUCAGCUGAUAACAUGAAGACUGCGGAUGGCCCAUCCUCCAUGGUCCCAACAGCAACUGAUAGUGCCGCCAGCUUCUCCGACCUAAGCAGGGCUUACCAAAGCAUGAUGGGAAAUGGAGUUCACUUUCAAGGUUCUCUCCAGGCUUUCAUGGACAGCUUUGUCCUCAGCUCCUUGAAGAAAGAUGUAAAGGACAACCAGAGUUCAAGCCAACUCCAAGCCCAGCGCUAUCAUGAUAAUGGCGAGCCCAAAGCCAAGCGCACAAUAUCCGGUGGCCAAGACAGAGAAGACAAGACUGAAGCCAAACCGAACUCUGGGUCUGGCAAACCUGGAUCCCAGUAUGAACCACUUGAUCUGUCUGUAUCAGUUCGGCCUGAGUCUGCAUCUGGAUCUCUCCCUGGCUCUUCAGUCACCAUUCAUGAUAAUGUGGCAUGGCAUGGUUGCCUCUUCUGCUCCUUCUCUACUUCCUCAAUGGAGCUCAUGGCUCUGCAUCUCCAGGCCAAUCAUUUGGGUAAGGCCCAGCUGAGGCGGUCUGAUACGGGCAAGGAGCUUCAACGAGAGGGUUCUCCCACCACCUCUACCAUUCACUCCUCCAAUACCAAGACCUCCGGUGUGGCCCUUGACAGAGAUGGGGACCGAGAUGGAGAUAAAAGCCAGGGAGGCUGGAACAACCACAUGGACCAGCCAUAUAAUCCCUUUCAGAGUGACUUCUACAGGAGGUUUGGUGGCUUGUAUGAUGGAUCCCCUAGGGUUAAUCAGGGAAUUCAAGGGUAUAUAGCCCAAGCAGAGCAAGGUCUAGACCUACCUAGCCAGGCCUUCGGCGGAGCAUCUUCAGCUGGAGAUGACCAUAUCGGUGAGAGGGGCUCCUGUGGAGAUGCUGAAGAUGACCAUGUUGGGUCAGAUGAUGAAGCUAUAAAGGCUGGGGUGCACAGUGCCAAUGAGACCCCCUCAACCACUCCCAAGAGACAACAACAACAGAAUAAUUCUGAUGAAGAGGAAGAUGAGGGAGGAGUGGCAGAAGAAGAGGAGGAAAGACAUGAGGAUGAGCAAAUGGACACGGAGAGAGAGGAAGGAGGAAGUCCAGCUUCAGACCACCUCCAGAGUCACCCCAAACAGCUCCAAGACGACUCCUGCCUGACCCCAAGGAGUGGAGCUGGCUUGGCGGCCUCUUCCUCCACCAUGGCACCACUUUCUCUGGUUCCCCAACCACAGAACCAAACUUUGGAGAAGCAGUGGCAGCAGGGCCUGGGCAUCCUGUCUCCCGGAGGUCCUCCAGGACUGUUGAAGGCUGAGCAGCAGACCAACCCAGAACAGCAAAUGAACAUGCUGUCUGUCCUCAGAGCCUACAGCAAUGACAACCUCCCUGCGUUCAACGGCCUGGGAGGUGGAGCAGGAGGCGCACCCCUCGGUGGCAUGAAGAGAUCAGAUGCACCUGUGCAUCUGUGGGUAGGAGAGGAGGACCAGCCCAUGACCCAUGACCCCGCGUUGACCCACGACCCCAACCAUCUUAACAACGACCUUAACCACCCUAACAACCAUAACGUAGGCAACCCCAAGGGGCAGGACGCCCACGCUGUAAACAAAGACUAACGACCCACACCGGAGCAAGGCAGAAUGAUGAGGAUGAUGAUGGAGGCGAUGAUGGUGAUGAUGUGGAGGAGGAUGAAGGUUAAGUGAAGGAAUACACUAUAACAAAGACUUUAUUUAAGAUGAAAAAAAAACACAUACUACCGUCAGAGUCAAGAGAAGGUGAGAACGAUGCGAUGGAAAGUUUGGGACAGUUUCCUUUGGGGAUGGAUUUGCGAGAUGGACCUAAUGACUUUUGCAAGCAUCCUUGGACACUAAAAGUGACAGCAACCUUCCUGUUUUGUCUCCUGUGGUCUGAAUGCCCCUUGUCUUUGUUGUCUUAUCUCUUACACAUUUUUUUUUCUUUUGAUGAAACUACCUGUCUGAUUAGCACUUCUUGUAACUGGCCGUGCAAUUUCUGAUACAUUCCUUGAGCUAGAAAGAUAUGUCUUUUGAAAUUAGGACUAAAGUGUAGUGCUUAAUUAAAUGCUUUUCUCUCCUGUUCAAUGAAGAAGAUAGUCAUUUCACAAGACCACAGAUCACAGCUAUAUUGUACCGUGUAGAUUAUAUUCUACUACAGAAUAGAAACUUAACUUUACCAGACUGUUGACAGAGACCAAGCACAUUGCUGUCAAAGGAGCCACUUGUGGCUCUCAUAGAUCCACUAGUUAUGUCCCGUGGCCAUGCAUCGCUCUGAUUCUGGCUAAAGAAGGACAGGACAUCAUUUAAUAAUCUACAACAUGUUGUUUCCAGAAAUAGUAUGAUAUUGCUGGUAUGAAAACAUACCUAUAGCUGACUUUUGAUGAUGGUGGUGUGAAUAAUGAUUGUGAAGAAGACAGAACAUUCAAACUGCCCUAAAUGUAUUCAUAAUAUUAUACCCCCAGGCCUUCACCCCUCUACAGUAUAUCCCUUUGUCUUUUUUCUUGUUCUGUAUCACUCAACACAGCACCCAUAGAUGCUUAAUGUACAUAGAGAGAUAUACAGUAGCUGAAAAAGUGAAAACAAAAGUUUUAAAACAUUUGUGUUGAGGAAAAGCAAAGAAGUCACAGUAGUUUACAUGGCCACAUUGUCAAAUGCGAGGCAUUCUUCUCCAGUUUGAAAGAGAGGAAUUAAAAAAAAAAGAGAAAAAUAUCAAAAACAAAAAAGCGGGAACCGUUUCUUUCUUUAUAACCCUCCACCCCUUUCUCUUCAUCUCGUAUGUCAACCUCAAGGACUCUAGCAUUGCAAAUGUUUGUAAAAUACUGCCACCGAUCAUUGUUGCACAGUGUUACUGACUACUGAAAAUGGUUUGAUGUAUUUACUUUAAGAUGAGAAAAAAAAAUAACAUAAAACUGGAAAAAAGACAUAUUGUGUAUAGCCUUAGAUACACGUCAUCUGUUAUUGCUUCUACAAAGCUAUGUAGCUGUGCUAGACCGUAGGACGUAGGGUUGAUUUUAUUUUUAAUUUUUAUAUGUACUGUACAUUAAUGCCUUGUCCAUUUACUGAUAAAAAAAGAGGAAAAAGAUGACAAUCGUCUCCUGUGCUGCAAACAUAUUUGCCCCCAUAUAUACAGAAUCCAUUAUGCAUAGAAGGACUUAUCCUUUCUUAUUUCUUUCAUUUGUUUUGAUUCUCAGAAGUAUUUUGCACUGUGAUAGUAUUAUAAAUCCAACCUAUACAGUACAAAACUAGCUAACUAACUAAAAUGAAGGUGUGUGUUUGUGUGUCCCUUGGCAUUGUGAAAUGUUUCUACGUCAUUUUUUGUGGACCCAGAGAAAAAGUCUAAUGCGGUAUGUACAGUCCAAAUAUACUUCUUUUUUUAGUUUGAUCAACCUCUAUACUGUAUGUGGCUUUGACAAAUUGUUACUCAGAUUUCUUUUGUAUGCUAAUCUCCUUCUGACCUACAGCGCAGGCCUGUUACUGCUUUAGCCUGGGUGGUUUUCAGUGCUCAAAUUCCAACUUGAGAAGACUUUGCUGCAGUACAACCUUCGAUUUUUUUUUAACCACUUUAAUUUGUUGUAUGUAGAUUGCAAUUAACCAUUCUUGCAGUUUCAAUAUGCCAGGCAAAGAGGGGAUUUAAAAUUAAAAUAAUACGAGUGAGACAUAUGAAAAGUGAGAAGUGAUGGUUUUCGGGGGUUUGGAAAUGGGGUCUAAGUAAACAUCUAAGAUGUAUCCUGCUGGAGGCACUGACCAAUGGCUUGACUUCUGACCCUAUCUCUGUUUCCAGGGGUGUAAAGAUGAGAGAUAAAUGGUGAGAGCUGAACUUGGACUCUCUCCUUCUCUGAACCAGCUAUAAUGAUCAUUCCACCCCUACAUAUUAUGUACAAAACCUGUCUUGUGAGCUGAACACUCUUUAUGUUUUGCUGUACCCUCAUGGCAGAUGCUUCGUUUUGUAACUACUGAACUGUACUUAUAAUAAAAAUAAAAUGUAUUCAAACUAAAAAAAAAAAAAAAAAAAAAGAUUGUCACAGAGCAAGGGCCUGUUUCAUGUUUUUUAAUUUCUUCAUAUCUGGAUCUGGUGUGUGAAUCUGAAAGGCGACGCGCUGUGUCCGACUGUCACUGUGUGAUCAGAAGUGGGUAAACUGUUUGGAGAGUAGUCCAUCACUUCAAACACAAGUUAUUAUCUCUCAGUCAAUUUGAUGUCAAAUCUUCACAGGCUGUGAUCAUGAUGCUGAAUACACACAACUAAAUUACUGUCUGCACCACUUUGUCUCCCAAAGGUGCUUGUAAAGUAGCUGUAGUGAAAGAAUGUGGGAAUGACAGGAAAUACGUGAGCGCACUCAGUGUCCCACAUGGCAAUGUAAAAGAAAGAUUCACACAUUUAAAUUACAGCCAGUCACUUACAGCUCAGAGACAUAUGCAGUGAGCAUCAUGCAUCUCUGCCUCUGUUCCAACUCUUCUUACUUAUUUUGUUUGCAGAUUAAAUUGAUUUAAUCAUACACCUUAAAAACAUAUUGUAAAACCUAGACCGGUGUAGAAUUAACCUUUAACUGAGAUUAAGAACCAACUGGCCUCAAGCUUCACUAUCACACGUGGAAAUCUGAUACCUCAUCCAUCUGCCUGCGUAUGCAAAUGUAAAAAUGUAAAUAGCACAUUUGCUGACGGAAGAACAGUUCACAUUAUAAACCAACAUAGCAAUAUAACUAUGUACAAAUACAUAUAUAGUAUUCAUUCUGUCCUAAUUGAAUCGAAAAACACGCAUUGUGCAGAAGAUUUGUGCAUGUUUUACCUCGGUCACUGUAGUCAGCUGUUGGAUGCCAUGCUACAGUCCUACACCUUCAUUUAGCACAUCUGAGAGUAGAUACAACACAAGCAGGGAUCUAGUCAGGAGAAAACAACCUGGAUUUGUGACAUAAAACAAUUGCCUUGGCUUGUUCUACAACCUAGAACUGCAUUUGUUGUAAUCUAACACAAUGACAGUACAAUGAACACAUCAGGGUAACAUAAGUUAUUGUGAAACAUACUAAGUAAAAUUGUGUGUUUUAUCUGGUUAGUAUUUAUUCUCUGCAUACCUACUGCACAUUUUUAGCUUACACGGGUUACUAUAUGCACCGAUCAGCCACAACGUUAAUACCUCCUGCCUAAAUACUGUGUAUGUCCAGCGCAACAAGUCUAAUUCAUCAGGGCAUAGACACAGGGUUUCUUGUAGUUUCCUAUACCAGGACAUUGACAGUGGAUCCUUUAAGUCCUGUAGAUUGUUCGGUUCAGGCCUACAUGGAUUGGACUUGAGCUCCAUAUCAUGUUCCUCGAGCCACUGCUGCCAAUCAUAAUGUGCUUGGCCUCCAACUAUAUCUAGGUGUGUCAAAACAACAUCCACAUGAAUGUGGGGACUGUCAGUAGAACAUUGCAUUGUAAUGAGAUGAUCAAUGUUAUUCACUUUGCCUGUCAGUGGUUUUAAUAUUGUGGCUGAAUAGUAUCUGUUGCUCUGUCUGUGAUGUGUGUUCAGUACUUCAAUAAAAUAUAACACUUUCUUUA